UGUUAUGCUCAAUGAGCUGGAUGAAAAGGUGCUCUCAACCAUUCCUAUUUGUCAGGUUGAGGGAAUUGAUGGUGGAAUUGAAACUCCACUUUGUACUGAAGAUCAACCUCCAACAGUUGAAGCAUGUCUCCCUCAGGAAAGUGCUGCAGCACUAAGAACAGUGGAAUCAGUUAAUGCGGGAAGUACAUCCACAACAUCAGUGGCAAGUCCUGUGAUCCCCCCAUCCCAAAAGAUAGCAACAAGCACAGCGAUGUCAAUAUCCUCAGCUGUAGCAACAUCAGCCUCUACAGUAACCCCCAGAAGCGGAACCACAAGCCAUGUGCAGGGUCUGGUGAAGGUAGAGGAGUCAAAGUUGGAGGUGCUGCAACAGCUGCUUAGUGUGGAGACACAGAGGCUGGCCGUGGAGAGGGAGAGACUAGCACUAGAGAGGGACAGACUGGCACUUGACCGGCAGCGUCUUGAGCUAAAGGAGAGGAUGUACAAUUCCAAUGUUGAAAAUUUCAUCACACCUGUGAUAAGUUUUGAUUAA